AUGGAUUUCGCGUCCCUUAUGUCCAAAGAGAUCUCAAAUGCUCGCUCCACCUCCUCUACAGAGCCCUCUAAAAAGUACAUGAAACGAGCCGAUAUUGAAGCCGAGCGACGCGCACAAUACCUCGCAGAACAGCAGAAGAACGUAGACGAAAAUGAAUCGAGGUUAAUGCAAAAGCGAAAACGAGAAGAGGAUGAACUAGAAGCAAACCGUGCAAGGGAUGAGAAGCGGACCAGGCUUGCUGAAGAGUCGAGGCGACGCCGGGAGGAGGAAGAGGCGGAGGAACAGAAAGCUAGAAGAAAGAGGCUGGGCUUGCCAGAGCUGGUUAAGGAAACUAGUGAAGAGCCUGAGGUGGAUGAUAUCAAGGAUGAGGAAUUGUCGGAGAAAUUAAGGGCGAUGGGCCAGCCCGUCAAGUUAUUCGGAGAGAGCCAUAAGCAAAAACUGAGAAGGUUUAGGAAGCUAGGUGUCGUCAUGACUCAAGGUCCUAUUCCUACCUCAUUGGAGUUGGUCGAAGAGAAGGAUAUGAAGGUUGAUGUGGUUCCGAAAGAUACUGAGGGUAGGACGUUCCUGUUUAGACAGUUGGCUUCGUACUUUACAAUGGUCUUGAAGGAAUGGGAAGCGGCUCUAGACAAGGAAAAGCAAGAUACGUUUGCUAGCAAAGCGGCAUACAAUGCUAUGGUUCAGAGCAAGGAGAACAUGAAACCACUCUUCCGGAAGUUCGAGAAGGGCGACGUCGACGAGGGCAUCCUAGAACCCAUUGUAGAGAUCGUCAAAGCAGCCCAGGAACGGCGCUACGUGGAUGCAAAUGAUGGAUAUUUGAGACUGAGUAUCGGCAAAGCUGCUUGGCCUAUUGGUGUUACUAUGGUUGGUAUCCACGAGCGUAGUGCUCGAGAGAAGCUGCAUGAGAGUGACAAAGGACAUGUUAUGGGAGAUGAGAUUACUCGGAAAUUUUUGCAGAGCAUUAAGAGGUGUCUAAGUUUUGCACAAGUUAGAUGGCCGCCAGAAGAUAUCAGACAGUUGAUGGGUUGA